GCCCACAACCCCUUCUGCCAGUGAAAAGGACUAUUAACGCUACUGCCAUUUGGCGCAGUUAAAAAUACGUGAACUUGCAUAGCGUCCUUUACAGAAUUUCCCGUCUUUGUUGUAAUUUUACUUUAUUUUAACAGCGUGUUUCAGUUUAGUGUUUUAUACAUAUUAUCAAAAUGAGUUCAAUUAACGUAAAAAAACUGAAAGUAAACGAGUUGAAGGACGAGCUGAAAAAGCGUCAGCUGUCGGACAAGGGGUUGAAGGCCGAGUUGAUGGACCGGUUGCAGGCCGCGCUUGACGAAGAGGCCCUGGCUGGAGAUUCUCCCCUUGGGCUGGAGGCCGCGAAGGGAGGCUUUCCCGUGGGAGACGACGACGCCGCCGCCGUUGCUGAUGACCAAGAGGACAUGGGGGAAGAUGAAGAAGACGAGGGCCCCGUCGUUGAAAGCAUGGAUGCCAACGAGGAGGAAGAGAAUGGAAACGGAGAGGGAGACGCCGCUGUCGUGGACCAAUGCGAGGAGGAAGAGAACGCGGCCCAGGAGGACGACGAAAUGGGUGAGGUAGAAGAGGAAGAAAUGGAUCCAAUGCUGAAGGAAGGUGUGGACGACAUGGAGAAAAUUACAUUGGACGCAGAGGAUGGUGAGCCUGGAGACCAUCCAGCAGAGGGGGAUGCGGACAAAGACACGAAUGCUGAUCAGAAGAAUAAGAAGGGUGUUAAGAGACGCCGGGAGGAACAUGGAAGGGGCUACUUUGAAUUUAUUGAAGAGAACAAAUACAGCUGGCCUAGUCUCAAGUCUCCACUGCCACCCCUGGAGGAGGAAGAUGAGGAGUUUGAUGAUACAACAGUCUGCUUGGACAACUAUAACUGCGACCUGCACUUCAAGGUGUCCCGGGACCGCUACAGCGCCUCCUCUCUCACCAUGGAGAGCUUUGCCUACCUGUGGUCCGGGGGCAGAGCCUCAUACGGGCUGUCACAGGGCAAGGCCUGCUACGAGAUGAAGAUAACUGAGAAGAUCCCAGUGAAACACAUAUCCAGUAAGAACAUGGACAUCCAUGAGGUCCAGGUUGGAUGGUCCCUAGCUACUGGCAGUCUGCUCCUUGGUGAGGAGGAGCAUUCCUAUGCCUACUCUGGCAAAGGCAAGAAAACCACCAAUUGCGUGACUGAAGAUUUCGGGGAGACUUAUGAUGAGAAUGACGUCAUCUGCUGCCUCAUUAACUUUGAAGGUGAGGAGGUGGAGAUGUCCUUUUCUAAGAAUGGUAAUGAGCCAGUGGUGGCCUUCCAGGCCAGUAAGGAGUCCCUAGCAGGGAAAGCGCUCUUCCCCCACGUCAUCUGCCACAAUUGUGCAGUGGAGUUCAACUUUGGCCAGAUGGACACGCCCUACUUCCCCCAGCCAGAGGGCUACACCUUCCUGCAGCAGGUCGCCAUGGACGACCGUGUCCGCGGACCCAAGGCACCUGACACCAAGAAGGACUGCGAGGUGAUUGCCAUGGUGGGCCUGCCUGGCUCAGGAAAGAGCACCUGGGUCAACAAGCACAUCCAGGAGAACCCUGGGAAAUAUUACAUCCUGGGCAGCGACACCAUCGUGGAGAAGAUGAUGAUUGGCAGCUUGAAGCGUCAGGAGAAGGACACAACAAAGCUCACGGCCAUUUCCCAGCGUGCACCUCUCUUCCUGGGCAAGUUCAUUGAGAUCGCUGCUCGCAAGAAGAGGAACUAUAUCCUGGACCACACCAACCUGUCUGCCCCGGGCCAGAAGAGGAAGAUGUGUCUGUUUGCUGGGUACCAGCGGAAGGCUGUGGUGGUCUGUCCCUCAGACGACGACUACAAGGAGAGGGCCCAGAAGAAGGCCGAGAGCGACGGGAAAGACGUGCCCGAGCACGCUCUCCUCAAAAUGAAAGGAUUCUUCACCAUGCCAGAGGAAGGCGAGAGCUUCGCUGAGGUGAGCUACGCUGAGCUGCAGAAGGAGGAUGCCGCCAAGCUGGUGGAGCAGUACAAGGAGGAGAGCAAGGCGGCCCUGCCGGCUGAGAAGAAGCCCAACCAGGGGUCUUUGACCCCCAAGAGAGGAGGAGGAGGUGGAGGUGUCCGGGGGGGAGGCAGAGGCAAGAACCAGUUCACCCGUGGAGGUGGACCCGGCCAGAGAGGAGGUGGACGAGGUGGCUUCCAGCAGAGAGGCAACUUCCGAGGAGCUCCAGGCCCACGUGGUGGGUUCACUCGCCCCCCUAGAGGGUUCAUGCCCCCUCCAGCCUUCAGAGGUGGAUUCGCCACCCGGGGCAACUUUAACAGGGGCGGCGCCCUCAUGGCCCCCCAGGGAGGGGCCCCAAGAGGAGGACCGAUGAGGGGCCACAGGGGUGGAGCCAUGAACAGAGGUGGUCCUCCAAUGAGCCGAGGAGGCGGCGGUCACAUGAGCCGAGGAGGUGGCGGUCACAUGAGCCGAGGCGGCGGCGGUCACAUGAGCCGAGGCGGCGGCGGUCACAGGGGCAACUUCAACCAGGGGUUCCAGCCCAGAGCAGGCAACAGCCGUGGGAAUUUUGGCAACAAGAAUGGCAGCGGUGGGUUUGGGGGUGGCAGGAAUGGUGGAGGACGUGGCGGCGGAUUUGGAGACAACAGGACUGGGGGAGGAUUCGGCAUGGACAAGGCUCAGGCCUUCAACCAGAGCUGGCAGCAAGGGUUUUGGAACCAGAAGCCAUGGAGCCAGCAGUAUCAGCCAGGAUACUAUUAAAGACUUUCUGAUCAAAAGGACUGGUGGCCAUUAAUGGUAACCAACCACUAGCCACGGACCCCCUGUUCCACCCCUCCUGUUUUUUCUAGAACCCACUUUUUAAAUUAAAAACAAAAAAACACAAGACGAUGGAGCAACAUUCCACAUCUGAGGAGAGGAGUCUCUCUGAAGCUUUAUGGGUUUUUCAUUUGAUUUUGUACAUUUUAUGAUAUUUUCCCCACAUUUUAAAGAAAUCACAUGCUUUUAAAAUCACAUGUUUGAGAAAUCACACAUCAAACAUGUGAAAUCACAUGUUUGAGAAACAUACCACAUCACGAACCGCAAAAAUGUUCUGCUUCAGUGACUUUUUCAGGGUUGUGCAUUUUCUGUGUAAUGUUUUUUUUUUUUUACAAAAUGUAAAUAUUGUCUUGCUUAGUUGUAUUUGUUUGUAUAAGAAGUGAGAACACUUAGUUCCUUUCGGUUAUUAUCUUAUGAGAGGCAUGGUAGCUAUAGUAUUGUUAGUGAUUGUAUAUGUAGUCCAUAAGCAACAAACAGUAAUUUGUUAUUUUUAAUUAAAACAUCAAGCAUGUAAUCUAAACUCCGUAGAUUUACAAUAAACAACCUAUUUGCUUUUUGCAGAAGUCUAUGGCUUAUGACUUUUACUUGAGUUCAAAGGUUACCUAAAGUACCUUCUGAAUGGGCAAUGGGCUGGUUUGCUACUUCAAACAAGGACAUCCGCCCUAUCAUAUCUACACAGUUAGCAUCUCACAAUGUGCUACUUACUGAUGUAAAUCAUCCAUUGUUAAUACACAACUCUUUUCACCUUUUAAUGAUACAGGUUAAUCUCAUUGAGUUGAUAUUUUGCAAGAGAUACCUGUUCAUCUGGAUGCCAUUGUGCUUUGAAGAAAUAUUACAGCAAAUCCAUUUCUGUAGGGUAUUAGAAGCCAUUUUUAAAUAUUGCAUUAUGCCUUUUGAUAUUAUCAUUUAUUUUGUGAUUUGUAUAUUUCUUGAUAAAAUGGGACACAUUACUGA